UGAGUUCAUAGGUUAAACUAUCACUAGUCUUGACUGAAUUUUGACAUAUUUCUCUACUGUCUCUACUCUAUGAUCUGUUGUGAAUCCUUAUUUAGAACAUCAAGACAAGAUUCUUAACCCUUUAAGAUAUGGAAGGAGUAGAAAAUGCAUCAGUUAGUCGAUUUCGGGAAUAUUUACGAAUUAAUACAAUGCAACCAUCUCCUAAUUAUGAUGCUGCCUUAGAAUUUCUUAGUAAACAAGCCGCUGAGCUUGGUUUAGACUUUCGUGUACUUGAAAGUGGUAUUAAAGAUCGACCUUUGGGGCUAAUGACCUGGAAAGGCACUGACCCUGAACUCAAAUCUGUUUUAUUGACAUCACAUAUGGAUGUAGUUCCAGUGUUCCCACAAUAUUGGACGUACGAACCAUUCAGUGCCCAUAAAGAUGAAAAAGGAAACAUUUAUGCUAGAGGAGCACAGGACAUGAAGUGUGUAACAAGCUGGUAUCUUGAAGCUAUAAGACAACUAAAAGCUGAAGGGCAACAGUUUCUGAGAACUCUCCAUCUUUUGUUCACUUCAGAUGAAGAAAUUGGUAGCCAUCCAGCUGAAAGUUUUUCAAAGACCGAAGAGUUCAAAAAUUUAAACUUAGAAUUUGGAUUGGAUGAAGGUCUGGCCAACCCAGGGAGCAAAAUGAGAGUAUUUUAUGGCGAACGAUCUAUUUGGUGGAUUAAGGUUCUGUGCAAGGGCAACCCUGGACAUGGCUUGGCGUUUAUAGAAAAUACUGCUGCCAAAAAACUACAAUACAUGAUGAACAAAUUUCUGGCAAUGAGAGACGAACAAGAGACUAAGUUGAAAAGUGAUCCUAAUGGCAAACUUGGCUCCGUGUAUACUGUCAAUAUGACAAUGCUGGAGGGAGGUGUACAGCCGAACGUUGUCCCAGCAGAACUGAGUGCCACCUUUGAUAUUAGGAUCCCACCUACUGAAGAUUUUGAGGCAUUUAAAGAAAAGUUAAAACAGUGGUGUCGAGAGGCUGGGCCAGAAGUGACUAUGGAGUUUAUUCAAGAAGGCUACAUGAAGGAGACAGUAGAUGUCACAGAUAAAAAUCCUUGGUGGGCUGCCUUCAAGUCUGCUUGUGACAAAUUAAAUGUUGACUUGGAGCUAGAAAUAUUUCCAGGGGGCACAGACAGCAGACAUUUCAGAAAGGCUGGACUCAAUAUGAUUGGUUUCUCUCCCAUGAACAACACCCCAGUCUUACUGCAUGAUAACGACGAGUUCCUGAAUGAAAAAGUGUUUUUGAAAGGCAUUGACAUUUACAAAGAAGUUAUUCCAGCUUUGGCCAACUUAAGAACAUAGUUAUUCUAGAUUUGGUUAGUGCGGAAAAAAAAAAUGGUGUUUUGGCUUUGGGACAAUUUAAAAACUGGAUGCGGUUAUGUUGAAAAUAAUACAAAUGAGAAAUCAUAACUUUAUUCAAGCAGGGAUAAAAUAUAUGUGCAUAGUUAUUAGUGUCAGGCUAUUGACCUAGCCAAAUAUUAAACAGAUCAAAAUAUUAUAUAUUGACAGACAGGCUUGAUAUUAUAUAUCUCUAGACAGAAAUGAAUACAAGUUUAACAAUAAUAACCAGACAAUUAUCUUAGAUGAUCUCUGCAUUACAAAUCACUGCCUUAUUAAUUUUAACAUAUACUGUUGGCCUCCUUCAGUUGUAGAACAACUACGCUUCAUCUCCGAGAGCAAAUUUUCAUCGAGGUUAGGGCUUUGAAUAACUAGAUGAAUGCCUAGGCAUUAGUUAUGGUUGGAACAAUGUCACGCACACAGUAGUUCUCACCCCUUACUCAGCUGAUGUGUCCAAAGGAACAGCAAAUGGCUAAUACAGCUUGGAAUCAUUUGCAUGCCAGGUUAUAGCAAUUUAUGCUUCAAGCUGCCUAAGGUUCGCCAGCUCCUAGUUGCCCUAUAAAAUGUUACUAUAUCUACAAUACUCAACAUUUAGCAACAUAAAGGAGUAUAAAUAAUUGUAAUUGAACAUAUCAUUUUUUGUUGUUGUUGUAUUUUUAUUAUAUUGUUACAAUCUCACGUCAUAAAAUAUUUUGUCCAACAAUUUAAAUAUUAAUUUAAUGCACUGCAUUUAGUUAUAAUUAAUUUAUUGAAAAUCAAGGGUAUUAAAUAGUUUAUUUUUUGGAGACUUACAUAGGCCAGUGAUCUAGUGAUCUGAUAUUUGUCACCUAAUUCUGUGUGUGGAUGUUGUUGUUUUUUGAGACCAUGGUAAAAAAUUAUUGACUGUUUGCUGUUGCUUUGAACAAAUAAAGUGUUGAAAAAACUUUUAUGAUGUUGAUUCUUGCAAGUUGUCAACAAAUAGUGUAGAAAUGUAAUUUCAUUUACUUGACUGAAGCCAAACAUAAAGGCUGUUACAUUUAAUUUGAUGACUUUCAUUGCGAACGCUGCCUGUAGCUUUUAGAAGUUUAUUGGCUAAAUUGGUGUCUCUUACAAUUUCGCUGGUGCAGCAGUCCUACCAAAGGAAGAUAGCCUCCCCCCCCCCCACCCCUUUCCCAAAAGCCAUCACCAGCUUAUUCAGCUAAGUAUGAAAACAUCAUAUUCUGGGUGGCAUGGGAGAGUUACCCUGUUUUUAUUUUGGUUACGAAAAAGACGUGACAUAAAAACAAUGAUACAGCAUUCGGAAGAAAUAUGAGAAUAUGGAUCUAGUGGAGAUUUUCUUGAUAAACCAAUGUCAAGGACGGUGAACUGACCUUCAAUGUUACCUACGAAAUAAAAUGAAAGCUUAUAUUAAUUGUAAUUGGAUCUCAUAACAGGUCUAUACUAACAAGAAUAAAUCUGUGAGAUUGAAAAUUU